UCAUUGUUUACUACUUGUGAGAGAUCACAUGGCACAAAGCUAUUCACAACAGCCUUGUACCAUGUGACAAGCUGUGACCAAUCACAGCUCUUCAGAGUAAUUCUCAAUGGCUGCAGGAGGGAUCUCUGUGUGAGGUCCUGAUCAUGUGAUCACUGAUUGGCCAAUCAGUGAUCACAUGAAUAUUAGUAAGCAAGAUGUCACUUCCUAACAUCAUUGCUUACUACUAGUGAAAUCUGUGAAGGAUCACAGAGGUCACAUGGUACAAGCUAUUCACAACAGCCUUGUACCAUGUGACAAGCUGUGG